GUGAGAAUCAGAAGUUCAAACUAGUAAUAAAACUAAAAUUAUAGGCUUUUGAUUAAUAUGUUUACCUGUCCUCCACUUCCCAAAAUUGGUAAAUACAUUGCUGAGAACAAGGCCUAUGGUGAGGAGGUCCUCAAAAGUCCACUAAAUUUAUCCUGAAAGUUUAUCCUAAUAUAGAGAUUCAUUCCUCAACUUCACAAUAAAGAGCUCAUGACUCCGCAUUUAGCAAGUUUUUAGAAAUCACAUGUUUGUGUUGUGGGUAGUGAUAACAUUCUAAUUUCAUGAAGUCAAAGAUCACAUGUGCUGAGAAUAUGAAUAUACUGAUGUAAAUCAAUACAGAAAAAAAGGUUGAAAUUUGAUAGCUUAUUGAUGGAGGCGUAAUAGCUUAAAUUACUUAAAUGGUGUUCCCCAUUUAGAAGAAAAAUGCUGUUAUAGAAAAAUGCACCGAGAUGGCAUCAAACUUCCAUAACCAAUGUAUUUUGCAAUCCAACAACCCUGCACUAAAUUUUCAGUCGUGGUACUCUGUAAUGUCAAAGUCCUCCUCACAGCUCCAUCUUGAUGUUUGUCUUAUAGUGUUGAAGCUGUUGGUAUUGGGGGAACGUAUAUAGUAUAUAUAUAUAUAUGGUGGGUAUGAGUGGAGGAAAUCAUCAGUUUGUUUAGAAAGCCAUAAAAUCGGCAGUUUGUUUAGGUGGUCAUAAAAUCAUCAGUUUGUUUAGAAGGCCAUAGAAAGUAUUGCAGCGAUGGAGAUCUUGAUGGUGGUGUUCGCAUUAGUAUGUUUUAUUGUAAGAGCAGAGCUAGUUUGUGGUUGGACUGAAGGCCAUGCCACAUUUUAUGGCGGUGGUGAUGCCUCUGGAACUAUGGGUGGUGCUUGUGGUUAUGGUAAUUUAUACAGCACUGGAUAUGGCAUACACACUGCAGCUCUGAGCAGUGCUCUGUUCAACAAUGGAGUAAUAUGCGGAGCCUGUUACAAGAUAAAGUGUGAUGUUAAAAAGGAUCCUCAAUGGUGUCUAUCUGGAAAAUCUAUUACAAUUACUGCUACUAAUUUUUGUCCACCCAAUAACGCUCUGCCAAAUGACAAUGGAGGGUGGUGCAAUUUACCUCUUCAGCAUUUCGACAUGGCCCAGCCUGCCUUUUUGCAGAUUGCUCAAUACAGCGGUGGAAUUGUGCCGGUUCUUUACAAGAGGGUUCCUUGCAAAAGGACUGGGGGAAUCCGUUUUACUAUAAAUGGGCGUGAUUACUUUGAACUAGUGUUAAUAAGCAAUGUUGGUGGAAGAGGAGACAUUAUAGCAGUUUGGAUAAAGGGGUCGAACACUGGAUGGCAACAAAUGAACAGAAACUGGGGAGCAAAUUGGCAGAGUAAUUCUUACCUGAAUGGACAAAGCUUGUCUUUCAGAGUGAUGAACAGCAGAAGAAAAAUUAUCACCAUGUACGAUGUGGCUCCUUCCAAUUGGGGAUUCGGCCAAUCAUUCACUUCCUCUAUUAAUUUUAGAUAAGUAAAAUUUGUUGUAGAUGGGUUGCUGCCCUGCAAUUUUUUUGUGGGUCUGUAAUACUUAUAAAGAUGUUUGCUCAGGUUAUGUAUAACAACCAGAUUUAAAUCUGGAAGUUAUAUUCAAUGAAUGGAGGACAAAUUAUUCUAAGAGGGUUGGGUUACUAUUGUUAGCACGAGAUGCAAUUCAUAGGGUAGCUUAGUCUCUCAAGUGAAAGAAAGAGAGGGUAGCUUAGUCUCUCAUGUGAAAGAAAGAGAACUAAACCCUUUAUCAAAAUCAUUUUGUUAUUCUGAUAACUAAGUUUCAAUCAUUUUGUUAAUUUGAA